AUGCCACCAAAGCGCACCGCAACUGCUCGUCACGAGAGGUCCACUGAGGCUUCUGUACGAGCGCACAAGAGGAUCAGAAUUGAACCCGAAGACCCGCCGCCUGAUCCCGUACCCGACGGCUUGAGAGAAGCCAGAGCAGAGAUUACCAGGUAUAUUGAAGCAAUGGAACGAGUGCCACUCCGCCGUCGACUUGAUGUGCAUUGGAAGAUUGGUGGUGUUCCUCGCGGCGACCCCGAAAACAUCAUUCGCGAACUAAAUGUCGAUCAUAUCAAAGAAGUAAUGGAGCGCGACGCACAAGUCAGCGCAGCGUUCGCGUCGCUCAAAAAGACAUUGGAAGAAGGCAAGCCCGCCCCGGGCAUCUACAACCCUUACGUCAAGCACGGCAAGUGGAGUCUUUUCUCAAGCGAAGUCUUUACGGAAUUCCUGCUUUGGAAUAUCGACAACAUGGAGUUUAAACAGUUUUGCGUAAAUCAAUGGAUCGAGUUUCAUGAUCCUGACGCAGAAGUGGAUUUCAUGGACUGCCACUGUGGCCGCCCGGAAACUUAUGGCACUAUCGUUGGACCCAGACAGAUCAAAGGAGAUUUCAAACCGUUUGACUGGCCACAGGAGGCUUCACUCGAGCCCAUUGUCGUAAAAACAUCGAGUCGAUGUCGAGAAAUCAAGAUGUGGUUCGCAGGAAAUGGGUACAUGAGGAUGCAAUGCGACAUGGGUUCCGUAGAGGAGCUCGCAAAUGGGCAAGCGAAAAGGGUGACUUGGAAUGCGAUACAAAACACGAAGGAACACAAGGAGCGUGAACAGAAAGCGUUCAUGGCUCGUAGGAGGAGGGAAGAUGAAGAAUUUCGGGUCAGACAAGCGGAAGCAAUUAGGAGACGGGAGAGAGAAGAAGAGCAAGCGCGGGAACAAAAGAAGGAAGAUCAUAGGCUUUGGGUAAAGAAGAAUCAGAGGCGACUGAAGUUGAGGCGGAAAUACGAAGAUGGCGAUAUUAACAGUUCAGAGCUGGAGCUGAGCACCGAGGAAGAAGAUGGCGAGGGCGCCACUGACGCGGAGGAAAGUCGCUCUUCUGCGUCGCCUGAGCCGUGGGAUUCGUCAACAGGCGAGGAGGAUUGGACUGAGUCGGAGUCGGAAGAGGAGGAGUCAGAAGAAGAAGAGGAAGAGGAGGAAGAAGAUUCAGAUGAAGAAGAGCCCGAAUCGUCAAGAUUUUAG